CCAGCGCGGAAGAUCUGCCAGCUUCCUCCCUCAGCCUCCGCUGCUCACCCACCAGCGCUGCACUGGCAAGCAGGCCUGGCAGUCAGCUCCUGCAGAGAAAGCCAGCGAAAGAAGCCCUCCGGGGAAGCCACUGCAGGGACAGGCCAAGAUGAACGCAGAGCCCGAGAGAAAGUUUGGUGUGGUGGUGGUUGGCGUCGGCAGAGCCGGUUCAGUGCGGAUGAGGGACUUGCGGGACUCACAUGCUUCCUCGGCGUUCCUGAACCUGAUUGGCUUCGUGUCCAGACGAGAGCUUGGAAGCAUUAAUGGAGUCCCACAGAUUUCUCUGGAAGAUGCCCUUUCCAGUGAAGAGGUUGAGGUGGCCUUUGUCUGCAGUGAGAGUGCCAGCCACGAGGGCUACAUCAGGCAGUUCCUAAAUGCUGGCAAGCAUGUCCUUGUGGAAUACCCCAUGACGCUGUCUCGGGAGGCAGCGCAGGGACUGUGGGAGCUGGCUGAGGAGAAAGGAAAAAUCCUACAUGAGGAGCAUGUUGAACUCUUGAUGGAGGAGUUUGCGUUCCUGAAGAAAGAAGUGGUGGGGAAGGACCUGCUGAAGGGAUCUCUCCUCUUCACAGCCGCGCCUCUGAAGGAAGAGCAGUUCGGCUUCCCGGCGUUCAGUGGCAUCUCUCGCCUGACCUGGCUGGUCGCCCUUUUUGGGGAGCUUUCUGUUGUGUCUGCCACCUUGGUGGAGCGAAAGGAAGAACAGUAUAUGAAGAUGACCGUGUGCUUGGAGACGGAACAAAAGAGCCCGCUGACGUGGACUGAAGAGAAAGGGCCCGGCCUAAAACGGAACCGAUAUCUGAGCUUCCAUUUCAAAUCCGGGGCCCUGGAGAACAUGCCCAAUGUCGGAAUCAAUAAGAACAUUUUCCUGAAAGACCAAAAUAUAUUCGUCCAAAAACUCUUGGGCCAGUUCUCUAAGAAGGAGCUGGCUGCCGAGAAGAAGCGCAUCCUGCACUGCCUGGGGCUUGCCGAGGAAAUCCAGAAGUUGUGCCGCCCAAACAAUUAAGAUGGGCUUGGGGAACGAUGAGGGUGGCAGCAUUUCUACCAUGGUGGGGAGUUUUGUUAUAACAAGACCUGAUCUUUUCUCUUGAUGCUGACUAUUAAAACACCUUUUCUUGGGUAA